AUCUCGGUGUUUAGGAAAGACCUUUUAUAGCAGUGUUUGUUUUCAAACUACCAAAUAGUAAAAUACCAAACCUGAACUUCACAAUUUUUGUUCAAUAAAUAGAUCUAGAUCUAUCUAGAUCUAUAUUGAUUAUUCUAUUUGUACACACAAUAAAAUAAUUAUUUCAGAUACCUAUUUAUUUAAAAAUUGAGGAGGUUAACGCAAAAUAUUGAGAUGAAGCUGCUUACACAUAACAUGCUCACAUCAAAUAUUAUAAAAGGUGUAACUAAAGGAUUCCCUCUGAAAAUUGUGCCCAAAAAGGUUGAAGUAAAAGAAGUUGAUUACAACCAAGCCUUCAUUGUGAGAACAUUAACCAAGAUAGACUGGGAUGCACUUCACCAAGCUGCUGUUGAGACUGGCCAUGGUGAUGGUUUGCCCAGUGCACUAGGAGAAAACUACCAACAGGAUGAGGAUCUCCUUAAAAAAAUUCAUAAUGCUCUAUUACAGGUUGAAGUGAUUGAGGGAGAACUGGUCUGUCCUGAGUCUGGUCGAAAGUUUCCCAUAGCAAAUGGAAUUCCUAAUAUGCUUUUAUUGGAAAAUGAAGUUGGAAAUUGAACUUAUUUCUUUUGUAUGAUUUUUGUUGUGUUCAUCUUGUAAAUAAUCAUUAUGCAUAAAAAUAUGCAUUUCUCAGUCAUAUUGAGCCAUGUAAAUUCAUUUUGUUUUAAUUUUCAGUGAAGAAAAAGUGGUAUU